GGAUGGAAGUGAGGAGGAUCCACAACGUACAGCAAUUAAUUACCAACUUGCAACCUCCUAGCAAUAUUUGUCUUGCAAUGGAAGUUCUGUGCUCCUCUCUAGCAUUCACAGGUCGGGAGUCAGCGGUGUUGUAUUCAGCUCCUCAGAUGAUAACGGUGGACGCUGUGUUGUCAUGGUAACCGAGAGAAGAUGGUGGACAAUGCUGGUGCUUCUCAUUAUUACAGGUGCAUAUGUGGUCACUACCACGCAGCCGAUGACGACCACGAAGGUGCCUACUUCCCCGACGACCACGAAGGUGCCGACUUCCCCGAUGACCAUGAGGGUGCCAACUUUGCCGACGUCUAUGAAGGCGCUGACUGCGCCGACGACCAUGAAGGUGCCGACGUCACCGACAGAGCCGACCAGAAAGAAAUGUUCUGUUGUGGAUAUUAAGGUGUGGGACGCAGACAACACGACCUCGAAGUUCAAGUAUGCUGUCGAGGCUGAGAACCCGGAGUUAUGUGGGUCACAAAAAGCCUUCAUAAAGUCAUGUCUUGACGGGAGACCGGAACAGCAGCUGUGUAACUUAAAGGUGGGAGAAGGACAGUGUUCGAUGCGUCACCGAGGGUCGUGGAAACUUGACUUGCCUGGACACGUUACUUCAGGAUGUUUCAGUGCCCCUGGACGUGAUGUGUCUCCUGUACUGGCUUUGUAUUUCAACUUGCAUGAAGUCAACAUUACGUUCGCAAAGCCCAGUGACCCCAGAAUUAAUUCAUGGAAACUGAGAAUUUAUAAGGUAAUCUUAAGAGAUUUAGUCUGUUUUUAUAUGUACUGUAUAUAACAUUUGCAUCAUAUAUCCAGAAUUAGGGUAAGAUACAAGCAACUGUUGCG